AUGCAGCGACUCCUUCCGUUGAUGCUGGCCGCGCAGCACACCUUCCAGCCUCAUGAGCUCAUGGCUUUUGUGAUGGCCAUGGACCCUGCCAACCCCUGCUCCCGCGCAGCUUGGCUGUCGCACCGCCACAUUUUGUUGCUCAGCCAGCUGCGCGAUUGGUUUCCGGACGGCAUCGCAGUUCGCAAACUUCACGCCGGCCUUGACUUCAUCCAUUUUCAGCCUGAUGGCGAUGUGCAACUGGCGUCUCACAUUUCUUCCGCAUCUGUUUGCGUUCUGGGACUGCUUAGCAUCCGUGCCCCCCAUUUCGUUCUGCUUCACUCUACUCCUUUUGAAAAGUCGCGGGCGGGGUUGCUUGGGCGAUCUUCUGCCUUGCCUGCGGCCCGUGCCAUGCAGCCAUCGAGUUUGGAUUUCGCCGGCGGCUCUUUUGCUUGCAUGGUGCCGACCAACUUUGAGGAUAGACCUUUGCGUUUUGCUUCCGCAGAACGGUCCUGGAGUCUUGCUCUUCCAGAGCAGCAACUUGUCACUUUCACGCUGCGCUCUCUCCUGUCCGGCGCUCACCUCUGCACUGUGACGCUGCCAGUUUCGGACCUCUGGAACAGAUCGCUCCACAUGGUUCUCAUCAAAGUCAUUGCUAAUGUUUUGCAGGCGUCGCCCUUCCACCUGCGGUUGUUUGCGUCCUCCGACGUGGUCUGUCCAACCCCGACUGGCCCGCAGCUUGCGCCGCUUGUGUCCGUCAAGCUUCUGCGGAUCCCAACGUGCAAAGACUUAGCUGACGAGCUCCUCCGAGCCAUUGACUUGAAUGACGUUGCUUGCGCUCAGGAGCUGUUGUUUGAUGGGCAGUGCCCCAAUCACCCUGCAGAAGGCACCCUGCACCCUCUGUAUGCAGCCCUGAACAAGAAGAAUGUAGAUAUGGUCCGCGCUCUCCUCCUGGCGCGCGCUGAUGUCGCUUGCCGGUAUGAUUUCGGCGGCACCCCGUUGCAUUUGGCUUGCAGGCAAAGCAUGCCAGCAGCUGUUGAUCUUUUAAUCAACGCCAAUGCCCCGGUGGAUGCAACUGACGUGGAACAAGAUUCGGCCCUCCAUGUCGCUGCAGUUUAUGGGGAUGCUGCCUGUGUUCGGCUGCUGCUUGCCGCAUCAGCGCCAGGCGCGAGCCGCAACCUCCGCCUGGAGACCCCUCUCACCGUUGCUGUGGACACAGGUGCGCCGGUUGCUGUCGUUGCUACAUUGAUGCAAGCUGCUUGGCCCGACAGCUGGCAGGUUCUUUUCCAAAUGGAUUUAUUCCAUAUUUGCCGGGCGUUGGGCUUAUGUCGUUUUCCAUUGUUUGCAACUUGCGGCGCGUUGUCUUCCCAACGAGACUGUUAUCCUUUGUUGUCCGGGGGUGUAAUCUUGCGCGAAAGCGCAGAAAGCAGCAACAUAUUGGAGGCGCUGGAGCCUGAGAUCCUCGUCCAAAUUCUGCACUACGCUCUCUCUCCGCAAACUUUCUGCUACACAAUGCGCGUCUCCAAUGAAUUUUGCGAGCUAGUCCAAUCACCGCAUACUUGGCCCGGAAACUUGCGCCUCGCACCAUGCACAUGCCAGCGCCUCUGUGCGAACCUCUGUCUUCGAGCGGUUGUCCAGGCAGUGCCCCAUUCAUGUCCUUACUCCCCUGUUGCCCAUUUGACUUUCGCGCUCGCGCCGCGGCCCCGCAAUCCAUUGUGGUCCUGGCAUCACUACCAUGCUGAGCCUCAUGGCGCCAAUUUCUGGUUCACGAGUUCUGCUUCUCCUUCACCGCCGGUGUUCGCUUUGAAUUUAUCUUUUGCACGCUGUGCUGGUUUGGCGGAGUGCCCGGACUUGGAAUUGCUUCUAGGGGUUUUUGCUUCCGGCUUUUCUUCUUUGCAGGGUUUGCUUCACUUGAGCACCUUCCCCCCCGACGCCCGCAAUGUGGCUGCUGCGAAGCUCAACAUCAAUUCCGGCCAGUGCUGCUCCUUGGCCUCUUUCCUCACACAUGACAGUUUCCAAGCCAACUCAUGUGAUCUGUCGUUGGCCGGCAUCGCUCCACAAGAGUUAACUUUUGCAUGUCGCCAGCAAGACCAAAUCUGCUGCCUGUUUGGCAAUGACGGUUCUGUGCUGCUGCAGUGGCGCUGCGUCGGUUUGCCAAAGAACACGCCGUUAAACUGUUUCGUGGCGUUGCAUUCUCCAUCGGCUCCCCUGUCCAAUUUGGCGCCCGCUCCGUCAAACGGCUUCCGGCGGCCGGUGCGGGUGACACAGGCGCGCUUGCAUCAAGGGGUUGGCCUCGCUCGCGUGCUGCCGUGCCUGGACCUAUGCGGGGGCUUCUGGGAUCGACUGCCGCAGACUUGUCAGCACACAGUUUUGGCGUGUUUGUGUGCUCUUAACGAUCUUGUGACGUUCCUACAAACGCACAGAGCCGCUUGUGCCUUUCUGAUCGAUGCGAGUCAGCACAAUGCACUGGUCGCGUCUGUUUCCCCUUGCUGUUGCACGAGGCUGUGUUUGAACAAAUGCAUUGAAGCGCUGCUGUCCCAAGGUUUUCCGAUCCACAAGAAGUUCCUUUUGGGGUGUUUCAACCCGCGCUCCUUCCCUCCUCUUCAUCGAACAUGGCAAACUUUCCACUCUGUUGACUUUCGCCACGUCGUUCGGAUGGCUUCGCGCAUUUCCCCUUCAGUUUCCACGGCCGUCAUCGAGUUGUCGCCCGUGUUGCUCGGGCAGUCGCAGCUCUACUUGACAAUAGGCAUGAGCACGGGACCUCACCCUGCAGCAGUUGCUUGGCCACACCUCUUCAGCCUGCAGGCCCCAUUUUCCCAACGCGGGCUUCAGCUGGAGAUCCGAGAUGGGCGUUGCAACGGCGCGCGCUGGUGCACAGAAGUCGAGCGAAUGCAAAUGCACGCGCUGCGCCCCAUCGAUUUUUCGCGAUGUCAAACUUUCACCUUUGUAUGCUCUCCUGCAAGUGUUGCGCUGUUUGAUUCCCGUGGGGACUUGGUCUCGCUUUGUCCGCAGCCUUGGCCGGCCACAGAGUCGAAUGAGCUGAAAGGCUUCAUAGGCUUAAGGGGCGCCGCACCUUUGCCCCGCCCGGACCGGGACACCACAAUUAUUCAGCCAGUCUUGACUCAAGCUCGUCGCGAAGCCUUGCAGCUGCAGCCUCUGCUGCGUAUCGUCGGGCCACAUGUGUUGCACAUUGGUCCCUUGACAUUGACCGGCGGUGGCAAGGCGAGUGGAUCCAAAGCCGGCAGCCGCCGCCCAACCGACCCGCGUUCCACCAAGGCUCACCGCCAAGACGUGGCCAUGCCCAAACGGGCUUUGAUCAUCAAACGCAAGUGGGCCGAGCUCAUUCUUUCAGGCGAAAAAACGUGGGAGGUUCGCGGGGAGCCGACCACGAAGCGGGGAAGGAUUGCGAUCGCACAAGCUGGUUCCAAACAAUUGGUGGGGGAAGUCACCCUGGCCGAAUGCUUUCUCAUCGGUGAGCAACCUUCACCUGGCGUUUGGGUUUCCACGGGCCCUCCUUCGCAGUACAUUUGGGCACCCGACAACGCAAACAAGCAUUGCAUUACUGACCAAUCGUCGGUGAACUACAAGAAAGCCUAUGCGUGGGUCAUGGAACAUGCGCGCAAGUAUCCUGCGCCGCGGCCGUACACCCACAAACCAGGCUGCAUGAAGUGGGUUAAGCUGGAUGGCGGUAGUGUGGCCCAAUUUUCAGCCGGCGCAACCAGCGCGGCAGGCAACCCUUUGUGGUGCGACGCAGUGGAUUCCGACUCCACUGGAUCUGUUUCUGUCACCUCGGCCGCUGCUUCCGCUCCAGUGGUAUUUUGCGACGAUCAUUUCCAUUUUGAGUCUUCGCCAAGCCGGCUGCUUUCCCCGAAUCGAACGCCCGCUUCGACAUUGCUCGGCGCCAGUUGCCCCGGUUCUCCGCGCCUGCGUGCUCCUCACAGUCCAACUGUUACUGUUGGGGAGGUUCCGGCGAUUUCACUGUCAGCGGCCCUCCUUCGUGACGAUGCUUCUGAUUCUAGUUCUGAUGCCUGGGCAGACGCGUUUUUGGCUUUUCUUUCUUCCAACUGCAGAGCUUCCUCGUUCUUUCAGGCGUUGCAGAACGCGUGUGGCUUGCGUUCUGCUUGCUUGGCAAAGACUUGCGCGCAGCUGGCUUUAACUUCGUCUGCGUGGCAUUGCUUCUUCUCCGAUCCAAAACGCUUUUCUUCUGAGCUUCCUUUCUCCUUCAUUCAAGACGUCCACUCCCACCUUUCGUGUGCGCCGCUACUGCUUUGGAUCCUUCCGGCCGGUGAUCUGCUUCUCUUGUCGGAUGGUUUUUGCGAGCCGUAUGAAGGCAGUGUUGUGGAUUUUCCAACGAUUGUUUUCAACUCUACCAAUGCUUGGUUCUUUCCCGUGGUGAUGACAUUGCGCCCCAUUGUUGUCCCAGCGUUGAGCUCUUGUCCCGCAGUCGGAUAUCUGCACCUUCUCGUUUUUGGAUUGGCUCCCACGCUUCUACCUCCGACGGAAAACCUUUUCCAUUGCUUCAAAACUACGCGCUUGGAAUGCGUAGGUCACUUGGAGACGCUGCGUGACACAGUAGCGUUGUCCAUUUGCCCUUGCAUCCUGGAAAUGGGCCAGCAUCUUUGUGGUCGGAGGCUCUCGCAGCUUGCUCUUCCAACAGAGGCUCCUAGGGAGAAAAAUGCUUCAGCAGCGACCAACUGGGUGCACCGGCUAGUCGCUGUUCGACAGAAGAGCGAACAUUGGGCGCAAUUCUGCUUGAACAGUUCCACUGGUCACGCCGAGGCUUGGCUAGGCCGGGCGCAGCCCACGGCUCAUGCAGCGUGCGUGGCGACCGUUCCAUUGAACCUGGCAGAACCCACGCUCACCGAGCGGCUCAGCCGUGAAGCGCUGACAGUUUUUACGCCAUGCGAGUUACUCACUUCCUCGCCAGACGCUGCCAGUUGCACAGCGGGUGCGUCGGGCCCUGCGCACAUGGAAGACGACUCAGUCAAUGCCUGUAUAGCCUCGCCGGGCAAUUUGCUUCGGGGUACACCUGAAGACUUCAACCGAGCUUUUGCAGACGUGUACCGCAAAGAUCCAGAAAGAGCAAAGCUGAUCUCUCGAUACAUCCUUGCCGACCUUGCCCCCUUCCCACAUGAGCAGCUGAAAAAUGCCUUGCCGGACGUCUAUUCAAUGACAGACAACCUUGCCCAAAAAGCGGGCUGCCCCUUUGAAUGGGCUUUCCUCCUUUUUCUACCCGUUCUUGGCACUGCGUGCUCCAAAGCCAGGCUGUUCAUCAACGAAUUUUUCCUCGUGCCGCCGCUGCUUUGGUUGGGCUUAUGCCUCGACAGCGGCGCCAACAAAAGCGGCAUCAUGACAGCCUUGGCAGACAUCGUCUCUGGCUUUGAAAAGGAGUUGCUCCAAAAGGCGCUGGACGAAGCUCGUAAGGAAGCGCAGCUGGCAGAAGAGGAGGAGGAUGCACACGGUGCGGAGCCAGAUGAGCCUUCGUCAAAAAAACGCAAGACCUCCUUGUCGAAAGCAUUGGCGGCCAUCCACAACAACAAGCCCGCCUUGUUUUCCGACGAAGGCUCGUUGCCCGCCAUUGGCAUGCAAAUGGCGCACAACGGGCACCGGGCUAUUGGAUUAUAUGAUGAAGGCCGGUUCCUUCUCCGAGCGCUGGCCAACGGAGAAGGUUCCGGAUUUAAUGCCUCCACUAUGUCCAAGCUCUUUAAUGGCUCCAUUUGGAAAAGGACGGUUGUGAAGGAUAACAACCGCUUCUCCAUGCACCAGACAUGCCUUUGUUUAGCAAUGACUUUCCAUGUCGAGGAAUGGCAUGACUUUCUGGCCAAAGAUGGUGCCUUGGGCAUGCAAAGUCGGUUUCUCAUGUUUCACAGCAGCCCCCGCCUCGAGAAAGCAGACGCAGUCCUCGAACCUGCGGUGUAUUCCACGGGGGCUGCGCGCUCUCGAGGUGCGCCGGUCCUUCCAGCUUCAUUGCUCACCCAGUUUGUUUCUGUCCUCACAAGAAUCGAAAACGUUCACACUGCAAAUGCUCCUGAUUUUGAUGCGUCGCGGGAAUUCAUUCCAUAUUUCUUUGCCCCCGAUGCCUUGGAUUAUUUUCGAGAGCACUACGACGCCCAAGUUCUCACGCAAGAACAAUCAUACUUGCAGGACCCAAAGCUUUUCAGCCAUGCCGGCAAACUGAAAUCACUUCCCUGGCGUUUGGCUCUGUUGUUGCAUUCUUGGGCGCGUGCGUGUUCUGCCGCCGAUCAGUCAGGCACGGCUUGGAGCAGAGAGCUUUCUCGCGAAGUCGUGGAGCCGGCUAAAGCUAUUUUCGAUUAUUUGUCCUUGCAGUCUCAACUGCUCGCGCCGGGAUCCAACCUCGUCAGCACCUUGGACACGCACGACUUGCGCGAGCUUGCUGCGCAGAGGUAUCCGUAUCUUAUCACUUUGAUCGAAACCGACACUCUCCCAACUGCUCGCGCAGAAGCUGCCCCUGCCAAUUCGUUGCCGGAUGCUAGCCCGUCUUUCACUGUUUGGUGGGAAGCCCUUUCCCCGGACAACAAACUCUAUGCUUUCGUUGCUGCGCACUGGGUUCUCACGAGCGCAAGCACAAUCAUGGUUGACCAGGGGACCUUGCUGAAGAAACUUCAUGCAAAAGACACAGGCGUGGCAUUACCAAGAGCGAACAGCUUGGCGGAGUACGCAGAAUCCUGCCUAACGGUGACCGCGUCUAUCUCCACUCUGUAUGCUGCCGACUUGAAGGUCCUGUUGCCGCCCGAUUUCGAUGUCCCGCGCAUGGAGCAGUGCUUGCAGCUGCUCACGCAAUACGCCACUGACGCCCGCCCUUUCGAGCACAGUGCCAAAAUUCUGAAUGUCAAAUCCCAGCGCGUGGCAGCCAAGCAGGUAGCGCCUAACAAUCCUCCUCCUCCGCCUCCAGGAACCGAGAUGUUAGCCGGGGCCACCCACAGCGACGCGUGCUCUUCGUUGAUGUACCCAGGGUCCCUCAGUUUGUUGCCUGCUUUCGUUCUCGCGUUCCACCACGCGGAUCCUGCAUGUCGAGCGUCUGUGGCGCACGCAUUGCUGCAACAACAAUGUUUCCAUCUUCACCUGUCUGAAAGGGACUGCGACUUUAUUCUUGGCAAGCUUCUCCGACGUGCCCCGCAUUGGCUUGGAGCUGAGUGCCACUUGCCAAAGCACAUUCCCACGAGAUGCGUUCAACCAGACGUGAAACAUUGUCUGACGUGCCACGCACAUCUCAAAUGUGCCGCCGCUCGCGCAGUGCCUUGUGCGCUUGGCUUGCAUUGCGUGGAACAGGUCCUGCUCCUCAGCUACUCUUGCUGCUCCUGCAGUCGCUCUUAUUUUGGACCGUGGGUUGAAGGCAAAGAUGCAACUGGUGCGCGGGCUAGGAUGCUAGUGCAAGACAACCCACGCUACUUCUGCAUCACGCAAAACAUCGUCUUUGCGACAGCUUUCUUGGACCAAGUCACCGACAUUCUGCUUCAUUGCGGCGGUUCUUUCCGAGGCAUUGUGAAUGUGCUGCGGCCCAAGCUCCACAUGAAAAUUCGAACGCUGGAGAAGCAUCUCCGCGAUUCGUGGCUGCAAUACUCCGUGUGCAAGUUUUUGACAAACAAUCGCACUUCCAUCAAUUGCUUUGUCGGCAAGAAUGGCAUGGAACCCUGGUGCCGUGGACUCGAAGACCAGGUGCUUCACCAAUUUCAGCGUCGCUGGCUCCUGCAACACCAGUGUUCCAAGUGCGAACGAGGCAUUCUAGGCGUGGACGGCAAUGCCAAAGUUCGUACCAAACUGUGCGCCAACACGGAUGCGGGCGUAUGGGAUUGCAGGCCUCUGAACGCCCAUUGCCUGACUGGAUGCCAGAGUGCUCCCAUUCCUGGUCGAAAAUAUUGCGCCGUGCACCUCCGAGAUGCUGACCCGAUUUUUGGUUGCGAUCUCAUUUUGCAAAUGAUCCUUUCCUUCCUCGCAACGACAGCAACCCUGCUUUCUCGCACCGAAGCUGGUCGCCACAAGUCGCCAGAUAUUGUCGCGCUUUUCCCGCUUUGUCGACGAACGCGGAAAGCGUUGAGUUUUGCUGUGAGCCACGCUAAGCUUCAAUAUCCAGUUUCGCUUCUUUCUGUCAAACGUAUUCCGCGUUCGCGGCGGUAUGCUUUCCAAACCAAGACAGGCCAAGCCUUUUCGCUAUCAAGCGCCUUGGUUCCCACGCACUACCAACAGCAAUAUGGUCAAUCCUUGUUGGAGCCCGUUUCACGAGAGUGCCAAUCAAAGCCACGCGUCGGACAUCAAGUCCAGUUCUCUGCGUCCGAGAAAAAUGACGCGUGUCGCCGGCAAUGGGAAAAAUCUCGUGCAGCACGGCGCAGUGGGGGCGUUUUAGCCGCUGUCAAGGAAUGCCAAAUCAUCAGCGCCAUCAAGCUCGUGUACACCCACGAAUCCCCAACAGGGGUCUACUUUUUCUUGGCUGAGCUGUUUGAGUUUCUGUCUGCCGGCCGCAAUGUCAAUUUGAAGACUGCCAAGCGGAAGACUCGCCUGCGAACACUUCAGCAAACCAUGCCGCUGGUCUUUUACGAUUGCGCGUGCACGUUGCAGCGCUUCAUGGCUUCCAAGAAACGACGCCGCAUGAGCAAAGUUGCUCGUACCCUCAGCCGGCUUCGCCUUGUCAUCGACAAGUUCCAUUUUCGCAAAGGGCACAGCGGCUGCAAGCCUGAUGGCACUCGCCCGUUUCCCAAAACGUGGCCUCAGACGCAUGCCUCGAGCUUCCCCAACAUUAAUGACAGCGCAGCUGAACAAUCUUUUGCGUUUGUUCGCAAAAUUGCGGUGGCGGCGCGGCGCAUGACCCCAGUGCGUGGCCUUCUCUUCCUUGCGUCAUUGCUGCACGCUCGCAAUGUACAACUCGAACUCAUGGGGAUCAAAAAGGCAGAACUGGCAGCGGCCAAGAAGCGAAAAUUCAUGGCGCGCCGCAACUUCCAGGAUGCAGUGGAAACGCUGCCAUUUCGACGACCAGCUUCGCAGCAGCUCUAA